AUGGCUGUUAGACACAAGGAUCCAUCUUACUCGCCUGUCCGGCCUCCAGCUAUACCUCUUGCUGUCCGUAGCCCCUACACCAGCAUCUGGACAUCUACUGUCAACAAUGGCACUCUCAACACUAACGGAGCUAUGUUCUGGCCCGGAAACGCUGCUGGUUGGGAAGGUAUCAUUGUCGUAGAUCAAGUUGCUUACGAGUAUCUGGGUACUGGUUUGCAAUCUCUCCCGCCACUUAAGAACAUCAAAACUGCUUCUCAACUCGCCGUCUCGUUCGAUUCUCAGUACUCGAAUUUCACCAUUCGUGCCGGACCUGUCGACCUUGUCGCAAGCUUUUUCAGUCCUGUCAUACCACAAGACCUUUGCCGGACCAGUGUACCCCUUAGCUACCUUGAGGUCAGCUUCCACAGUACAGACCAGCAGGCUCACGACGUCCAGUUGUAUAGCGAUGUCAAUGCAGGUUGGAUCUCACCAGAGACUAACACGGCCGUGAUUUGGAACCUGUACGAGGGAACUUCAGCUGUCAAUGGAAGUGGUAAUGCAACAGGUCAUCCAUCUGCUAUUUACAGUUGGAUGCUCACUCAUAAGACCCAAUAUGAAUUUGGAGAGCAGGCUGACUUUCCUCAAUGGGGCAACUUCACCUACUCCUCGAGACCCGGUCAAGCUCAAAACUUCAGCUUCCAGAGUGGCUAUUCACUCGACCUUCGAUACAACUACGUCACAACCUUCGGACUUACUGACGUGGUGGACUCUGAUUACCGUGGUGCUCAAAGCAAGGAGCCAAUUUUCGCAUUUGUACAUGACUUCGGCUCAGCAACAUCGGGAAGUGCACUGUACACUAUCGGAACUGUGCAACAGAAUGUCAUCAGAUUUCUGACAUCGGAUGGGCUUGUACCUCUUCAACCGUGGUGGACUGAGUGCUACGGAGAAAGUUUGUUUAACCUUAUUGAGUUCCAUUACAACGACUUCGCAACUAGUCAAGCGAAGGGAGCCGACUUCGAAGCUCAGCUGAAGGCAGACGUCCAAGCCUAUUACGCUAUUGUAGCUCUGAGCGCACGUCAGGUCAUGGGAGCGUACGUUCUGACGGUACCGCCAAACCUGCAAUACGGCAACUUAUCAUCAAUCGUGCCAGGUGAACCGCUUCUAUUCCAGAAGGAGAUUUCUAGUGAUGGCAACGUGAACACUGUGGACGUUGUCUUCCCGGCUUUACCCUUCUACCUUUACGCCAACCCUCAGAUGCUCAAAAUGGUCUUGAACCCAUUGCUUUAUAAUCAAGAGAAUGGAUUCUACCCAAACGGUUACAGUAUGCAUGAUCUGGGCACACACUUCCCCAAUGCCACUGGCCAUGUCGAAGGUAACGACGAGUACAUGCCAGUCGAGGAAAGUGGCAAUAUGCUUCUGAUGGCUUAUGCUUACUACAAAUUCACUGGCGAUGCAAGCUUCCUCUCUCAAAAUUACGCCAAAUUCCGUCAAUGGGCAAGUUACGUGACUCAAUACUCGCUCAUUCCAGAGGCACAGUUGAGCACUGAUGACUUUGCUGGGACUCUUGCCAACCAAACUAAUCUGGCCAUCAAAGGUAUUGUGGGACUGAAAGCAAUGUCCUUCAUCUCUGAGGCAGUGGGUGACUUCUCAGCGGCGGCCAACUACUCGGGUACUGCUUCUGCUUACUACACUCGAUGGGAGCAAUUUGCGAUCGACCCUAGUCGUACCCAUACUAUGCUCGCAUAUCAAAGUCGUGCAUCUUUUGGUCUGCUUUACAACACUUAUCCUGACAAGCUUCUGAAUCUUGGUAUCAUACCUCAGAGUCUCUAUGAUAUGCAGAGCCAGUGGUAUCCGACCAUCUCUCAAGUCUUUGGUGUCCAGCUCGAUAGUCGACAUACCUACACUAAAUCUGAUUGGGAGAUGUGGACAGCAGCAACAUGCUCCCCUGAGACUCGCCGACUGUUUGUGAAUUCGCUAGCGUACUGGCUCAACAAUACCAGCACGGGGUUGCCCUUUGGUGAUCUAUUUGACACUGUUGGCACCGGAGGCUACCCUGUGGGCGGCCCGACCUUCAUAGCGAGACCUGUUGUUGGUGGCCAUUACAGUCUACUAGCACUUCUGAAGACUGGUCAAAACAGUCAGACCGGCACUGCCCCUGGUGGGUUCCCACAGAAUAGUACGCAAGCAUUGUCCGAAACACAAGCAGCUUACUUGAGCAUUUCGGGCUCGAGUGUGUCCUUGUCAAUGACGAAAUCGGCCACUGUACCAGCAGCGUCACACACUUACUACAGUAACUACACUAGCUCCAAUUCUUGGCGCAAAUGA